GAUCACUUCGAGUCCACUCAUACUACAAUAAUGGAGACCAACUGGGACACCAAGACCAGAACUUUAGAGGCAGAACAUCAAUGUUUAAAGAUCUGAUCUCCAGCGGAAACGCCUCACUGCACCUGACAGGAGUGAAGGUUGAGGAUCAGAGCAGAUACAAAUGUCACAGCAGCAUCAUCACAGGGGACAAGGAGUCGUUUAUUAAAUUACAUGUGGAGAUUAAUAAAUUACUUGUUAUAUAAGUUGUGAAACACCAACUUAUAUAACAACAGCUGAUUUUCCUUUGUUUUCCUACUGUCUGCUGUUUUAUUAUGACCGCAGCUUGAGUUUUUACCCAGAAUCCCCCUGUUCUCUGUUUCAUUAUGUGUUUCUGUUCAGGUUUCUCUGUCCUUGAUGCCUUGUUUUUGUUCUCCUGCCUUUAAUUUGUUUUAUGUCAUCUGUGCUUUGUUUCUUUCACCAUAUUCCCUGUUUGUUGGAAACCUUUCAUUCAAGACAAGAACUUAAUUAUAAGAUUCUCUGUUCUGAUCUAGAACCUUCCUGUCUUCAUGUGAGUUAUUCAAACCACGGUGUCAAAAUGUUUGGCUCUCAUUUCCAUAAAUAUUAUGUACGAGUUGUUAAAAAAUCAUGUGUCUCUUUAACAGCUCCAGUCUCUAAAGUCCGCAUCUCUCAGGAAGGAAACAUGAUCACCUGCAGCUCAGAGGGAAUCUACCCAGAACCUCAGCUCACCUGGUCCCCCAUCCCUCCAUCCAGGACCGCUCUGCAGAACAGAACCACCGUCCACCAGACUGAGGAGAAGCUUUACAGCAUCAACAGCUCCCUCGUGGGUUUGGAGGUUGUGUCUGGAAUGAUCUACAGCUGCAUGGUCAGCACUCGCAGCAACAAGAGAAGAGCAAGUCUGAGGCAGCUAAGUGUAAUCAGUUCCAGCAGACAGGCCUCCCUCUCCUGCUCUGGCUCAGACGUUUCCAUAACGAGUCUUCUCUGGACAUUUAAUUACAGUCAGACUAUCGUGAACCAGAGCAGUCAGAGCAGGGUGAUGGUGUCAGAGGAGUGGAGACAUCUGGUGAAGGACAUAUCCGAGUCCGGCAGUCUUAGUCUACAGGGUUUGUCUCCACAACAGGAGGGCAUUUACACCUGUGAGCUCAAUAAUGAGGAGGAAACCUUCUUAACCAGCACCUUCCUAAAGAUGGUGGAGGAUGGAGGAGGCACCAAACGCAACCCAGGGGUUCUCAUCUUUGUUGGAGUCGCAGCAGCAAUAGUUUUUGUUGUUCUGUUCAUCUGCGCUAAAAGGAACAAAGGUAAAAACUCUUAUUUUUUUAAUUGGAUGUUGGUGUUUGUGGUUCUUAUCAUGUGGAUGUUUCUCAGCUCUACAGGACAACGGCUAUGUGGAGGCCAGACUGUGAGUCUGGAUCCAUGGUGAGAGGAGGGCAGCUCCACCUGGGUCUCAGCAAUUUCAUACCUGAAGAAGAAGAAGAGCGCAAAUACCUUGUUUGCAAUGGAUGGAUGGAUGAUGGAUGGAUGGAUGGAUGGAUGGAUGAUGGACGGACGGACAGACGGACGGUCAGUCGCUGACGGUGAUAAGACAGUGAAACUCUUCAUUUACUGGUGCACUUUCAUUCAGACUCAAAAGACAAAGGAAGACAUCUAAGAUGCAAGCAGAUGAUAUUCCUGCUUUAUAGUUUGAGAUUAUUUAUUCAGGAUUAUGUCCAACAGCAUUAAUUUCAUCAAGUAUUGAUGAACCACACCAGGCAAUGAUUUAAUGUUAAUAUUGUUAGAAAUGUUUAUUGUUCUGUUUGUGACAUGUCGCUCUUGUUUGUUGAUCAGUUUUUUGUUCCGUUUACUUGUUCAGCUUUCUCAUUAUUAGUAACUACUGUUGCUUUUCCACUGUUUACAUGCAAAAGCCAUUAUUUUUUGUAAUGUUAUUUGAUUUUAAAUAAAGUUUCCAAAAAGAAAAUAGAGUCCGAUUAGACCUCUUCUGAUGUCUUGCCAAGAUAGAUUUGGAUCCAAGUAUCAACGCCUUAGAUUAGUUUAAUUAGGCAUACAUUGUCAGAUUUUUCUAAGAUGAACCCUGGAAGCACACCAUGCACACGGAGCUUAUUUCUGAGAGUUUAUUGAACAACGGAUGAGCAGUGGAUGAAGGAAGCCAGAGAGGCUGUACCGGACUGGAACUGGGGGUGUAGAUGGAAGCAGGAACUGACGGACCGGAGAGAGUUCUAGGAAGAGCAGGGGUCCGUUCUUCGUACGUUGCUUAAAACAUCCGAGAUCAAAUGACACAUCCAAGAUGAUUUCAUCCGGCU